AUGUCCUCCCCAUACACCUAUACCCUCUCCCCCCAAGUCUACGCCCUCCCCAUCCUCCACGCCGCCGCCCACCCCUCCCACACCACCCUCGGCCUUCUCCUCUCCUCCUCCUCCAUGUCCGACAAAGAACAGACUAUCGACCAUGCUGUGCCGGUGCUGCACAAUUAUGCGAGUCUGUCUAUGGUGAUGGAGGCUGCUUUGGCGUUGGUAGAAGAGUGGGGGAAGGGGAAGGGGAAGAGGGUGGUGGGUGUGUAUGUUGCGAGGGAGGAUGGGGAGGGGCUUGGACGGGUUGGGGAGCGGAUACUUGCCGCUUUGAGGACAAAGUGGGAUGGGGCGUUUGGGUUGGUGCUGGAUAAUGGCAGACUGGGGUCUGGGCAGUUUGCUUAUAUCCCAUACCUGUCAACGGCUUCGGGCUCAAAAGCCAUCACAUCCUCAUCGCCAUCAGCUCCCCUUCCAUUCAUCAUCUCUUCAGAAUCAUUACCGGCCCAGCUCUUGCAGCUUAUAAGAGAGAAGAAGGUGCACCGAGACGUGCGGGACUUUGAUGAUCAUCUCGAAGAUUCAUCUAUUGACUGGCUGGAAAACACCACAACAGUAUCCACCCUCCAAAAAUACAUAUCUUGA